AUGACAGACAGAUUGACUCAGUUGCAAAUAUGUCUGGAUCAACUUUCAGACAUGUUUUUUGCUUCGUUGUCAUAUGUUGAUCAAAAUCAUAUUGCUGUGAGAUUGACAGAGGGCGACGAGAUGUUGCCUGAUCCUGACCAUAACCCCCCGUCAGAGGCAGAUUUCAAGGCCAACUUGGUGGAACUUACCUCGGACAUCAUCCUCAAAACAAAACAGAUCCUCACAAUCAUAGACACACUUCCAGGAGUCGGAGUGAGCAAAGAAGAACAAUUGGAACGAAUAGAAAGUUUAUCAGGAGAACUCAGAGAAUUGGAAAAACAAAAGGAAGCUACACUCAAACGAAAAGAACAGUUGAGCGAAUUGGUUGACGAGAUGAUCAUACAGGUCAGCGAUGGAAUCGCAAUGAUCACUUGGAAUGCCUUGAAUCCAACGAAUCCCACAACCACCAUAAUUACUGUCCAGUACACAACAGGGUUCCCUGUUGACCAGAUUUCUUCGUCUCCGUUUCUCCAUAGAAGAGUUUUCUCCUCUAAGAAUGGCCAUCACCGUUCAAAAAUUGGUUUCUCAAUGCAAAUCACCUCGUCGUGGCCUUGUGCCCAACUUGGAAGCGCGUUUUCUGUUGCCAUAAGAAAACACUUGUUUCUGACGUUGUAUAUCUGGAAAACGGAUUCAAUCGCUCUGAAUCGUUUACUGGCUGCGGAAGUUGAAUAUCUGCUGGCUGGACGCAACUCGAAAUUGAUCCAGUUUUCUCCUUCCCAAGACGAGUUACCAAAAAUAGACACUGGAAUCACCAGCAACAAGCUUAAUCUGAAUAGUGCCUGUUUCACAACUGUCCGUGUCGACAACGACAAGUCCCCGAUUUGGAGCCAGGUAUCUCUAACGAAAACCGUUAGGACCCAAGCCGCAGAAGCCAGACCGAUCCAAUCUGAGCUGAUCAACAGUCCCAGGGCGAUUGGACUCACGAUGGUGGCCACCAGUGUUCGUUUUCUGCUCGAACCAGAGCUGAUGGUUUUCGUCAAAGCCACUGUCAAGCUAAGGAAAAACAGUGUUGGUGUUAUAUCCGAGAUAUAG